AUGACAGCAGCAACUCAAGAUAUCGAUUCCAAGCACGAGUCCAUAGAACUCGACGCGACGCCUUCUGCACAAACCCUGGACAAGAUUGGCGAAUAUACAGUCCUAGAUCGAAUGGGAGAUGAGCACACGUUCAAGAGCAUCUAUGAUGGUCCCGAUUCCGACAACCGGGUUCUAGUAGUGUUCAUCCGUCACUUUUUCUGUGGGAGCUGUCGAGAAUUUGUGCGCGCUCUUUCCAACACAAUCACCCCAUCCUACCUACAAAACCUUCCUACCCCUACCUCCAUCGUCAUAAUCGGUCUCGGAGAUCCCGGUCUUAUAGACUCAUAUGUUAAACAGACGAGAUGUCCGUUCCCCAUCUAUGUUGAUCCAACAAUGAAUCUAUACAAAGACCUUGAGAUGGUGACAUCCAUUUCCUUGGGUGCGCGUCCGGAGUACUUCCGUAAUUGCAUGGCUUGCGUUGUUGCGCAGUCGUUUGUCAAUUGGAUGAAGCAUAUGGGUACUGGGCUUAUGACGAAAGGGGGGAAUACGGGACAGAAUGGCGCAGAGAUGCUCUUUGAAACAGGGGAAGAUGGGAAAAAGACUGUUACUUGGUUUCAUCGGAUGGCCAAUGCGCGAAAUCAUACUGGGAUGCCUGGUUUGCGGAAGGUACUUGAUCCUGAGGGUUUGGUUCUGGGGAAGAAAGCUUGGACUUCAAUCCAGAACAUGAGCUUGAAGACCCCCGAGGUCCGAAUCCAGGCUGGAGAGUCAGUUUGA